UAUUUUUUCAAAUAAAAAAUAUGGAACAAUAUCCUGAUUUAUCACAAUUCAUACGCAAAAUCAACAAGGUACUGCAAACUCUUUAUUUAGGAAAUUACAAGAGUAUUGUAGUAUACAAAGUGCUUAUUUUAACACUGAACUUUAUCAAAUUCCUAUAUUUUUUCUCAUAUAAGUAAGUAAAGAAAAAUGAAUAUUCUUUCUUUUUUUCUAAUACCAAAACUUUAAAGUGCAUUACUGAACUAUUUAUUUACAAUCAUUUUAAUUGUCCGUUGAGUCAUCUUUUCUUUGGAAUCCAAAGUGCUUCCAAAGAAAGACUUGAAGCCUAAAGGGGAGCCAAUUUCCUCGUCUUUUUGGACACUAGCCAUAGCACCAGCCCAGGAGCCGCGUACUAGUUGUCGACUCCCCUUUCACGUGCCUGCUCUGCUCACAACACAACACGCCCGGAAAGAGGAAGCAAGCAACAAUGAACUGGAUUUCAAAAUAAAGUCGCGUCUAAUGUCCGAGGUCAAACACGGCGAUAUAAAUCGAUGUUUACGUUUAGCAUCGAUGCCAAUAAAUCGUAGAGCAUUAUAUCGAUGAAUCGAUGUGUAUCGAUGAAUCGUUACACCCCUAAUAACCACUGAUUUUUAUUGUAUGCAUCUCAUUCCUCAUACAAGUACAUCCAUAGUGUAGUAGAUGUGGAGUGCAAACGGUGCGUUCAAGGACACGUGGAGGUCACAGUGGCACAGUGAAAGCAUUGUACUGCCACGGAGCUGUCAUUUCACACAGGUCUUACUCAUAGGAGGGAAUCAUUUGCAUGGCGCUGUCCUCACAUAUUCUUUUCUAGAGUUGAAUUCUAACAAAUGUUUUCAUUAAACGUGUUGACAGCGAGGCAUUGGAGGAACGUUGCGUCUGGGCCAUAGUGGGAGGGCAAGCAAAGUCAUCACACAGGUAAGCUGAUGAGUGCUUUAUUACAACUUUGUUAUCUCAUUGACUUUGGUUUACAUUACAAGGAUGUUAGUUUAGGAGAUGAACAUUUAAAAUAAAAGUCUUCUUACCAAAAUAGAAUUGCUUAAAUUUGUAUAUAUAUAUUUUGUAAUUAACCAAUUUGAUUUGUAAAAUAUAUAAAUAUAUUGAACUUUAUAUAUAUUGUAUAUUGUUGAACUGGCUGUGUGGCUAUUAAAAAUGUUUCUCAUUUGAAAAAAAAGUCCAUUUUUUAUUUAACGUUUUUUUCAAAUCUAGCCAUUGUAAUAUUGUUGUGAUGUUCGUUAUUACUAUCCGUAUAUAUUAGGGCUGCUGCUAUCUCCUUUUAGAAUCGAUGAGUUCGACUAGGAAAGACUCUCAUAGUCACAAUACAUACAAACAUUUUCCCCAGGAUACAAAAACUUGUACUCACUGCUCACCUUGCAGCGGGAGGCGACCAUGUCCGACAUCAACGCCACUGAUUUGAGUUCCCUGCUGCUGUCCUGGUUGCAUCAAUGCCUCAACAGAACCACUGGGCAAUCUCCGCAGAGCCACACCAACACGUCCGCCACAUUCCAAGGAGUCUUCUACAUCCUGCUGGUGUUUGGCAUGUUCAGCUUCUUCUCCUUUGCGGUCAUGUUUCGUUUCAUCCGCUCCAGGAAACUGGAGGGCUCCCAGGACCCGUACCAGCAGUACAUAGCCCAAGACCGGAGCCGGAAGCGAACGCCGUCUACGGCCGCCGCGGCUCGGGUGUCAUCGUCGGUGGUCAUCUGUAACCCGGCGACAGAGGUGGAAAAUCAGCAGUGA